GAGGGAUGACGAAUGGUUGACGGGUAUUGGAGGCGGGCUUUACUGAGGAGGGUGUAGCUGCAGUCAUCAUGGCUCCCAGACCGCGUAUCCCAGUGCAAUAGUAAAUAAAUAGAAAGGAAAUGCAUUGUCCAUGUUUAUAACAGAGAAGUGCGUUAAUUUAGGAUACAUAUUUACAAUUUCAGAUUAAAACCGUAGCUUUUUUUCUCCCUUAUACGCGAGCGAGCUAUGGAUGCGCAGGUUGCAAACCGUUGCAGCAUCAAGUCUGCAGCGAAAGCGAGCAGCCCGCAGAAUGCAGCUGAAAGCCGGAUCGAAAACGCACCAAAGAAGAAAUCCCGCACGAGAAGAGGCAGAAGAGGGAAGCGACGGAGGGGCAAGAAGGCCAACGAGCCUCCGCCGUUUCUACCACCAGAGGCUGAAGAGGGAAACAUUGAAUACAAGUUGAAGCUGGUAAACCCCACGCAGUAUCGGUUCGAACACUUGGCCACGCAGUUGAAAUGGCGACUGCAGGAGGGCCGCGGGGAGGCCGUGUAUCAGAUUGGGGUGGAGGAUAACGGUCUGCUGGUUGGACUUACAGAAGAAGAUAUGAAAGCCUCGCUUAAGACUCUUCGCAGAAUGGCUGAGAAGGUUGGAGCCGAUAUCACGCUCCUGAGAGAGAGGGAGGUGGACUGCGAUAGAGCUCGACGGAAAAUCGCUGAAGUUCUUGUGCGGAAAGUUCCAGAUGACCAGCAGUUCCUGGAUCUCCGUGUGGCUGUUCUGGGUAACGUGGAUUCAGGCAAGUCAACUCUGCUGGGCGUGUUGACUCAGGGCGAGCUGGAUAACGGACGGGGCAGGGCCAGACUCAACCUCUUCAGACACCUGCAUGAGAUUCAAACGGGACGGACAUCCAGCAUCAGUUUUGAGAUCCUAGGCUUUAACAGCAAAGGAGAGGUUGUAAACUACAGUGACUCUCGUACAGCAGAGGAGAUCUGUGAGAGCUCUUCUAAGAUGAUCACUUUUAUUGACCUGGCUGGUCAUUAUAAGUACUUGAAGACCACUAUAUUUGGCCUGACAAGCUACUGCCCAGACUUUGCCAUGCUGGUGGUGGGAGCCAAUACUGGCAUUGCUGGCACAACUAGGGAGCACCUGGGUUUGGCGAUGGCGCUGAAGGUGCCCAUAUUCAUUGUGGUGAGUAAGGUGGACCUUUGCGGUAAAAGCACAGUGGAGAAAACGGUUCGUCAGUUGGAGAGAGUGCUCAAACAGCCCGGCUGCAACAAGGUCCCCAUGGUGGUGUCCAACCCUGAUGAUGCCGUCACGGCUGCACAGCAGUUCGCACAAUCCUCCAGUGUGACGCCCAUCUUCACCCUCUCCAGUGUGUCUGGGGAGAAUCUGGACCUUCUGAAGGUCUUUUUCAACAUUCUUCCUCCUCUGAGCAACAGCAAGGAGCAAGAGGAGCUCAUGCAGCAGCUCACGGAGUUCCAGGUGGAUGAGAUUUACAGUGUUCCUGAUGUAGGGACAGUAGUCGGUGGUACACUCUACAGUGGUGUGUGUCGUGAAGGAGACCGGCUGGUUGUGGGUCCCACCGAUGAUGGGCGAUUCCUGAGGUUGAAGGUGUGCAGUAUUCACAGGAAUCGCUCCGGCUGCCGUGUGCUGAGAGCUGGACAGGCCGCCACACUUGCACUUGGGAACUUUGAUCGCUCGUUACUACGAAAGGGCAUGGUCAUGGUGAGUCCCAAAAUGAACCCUACUAUUUGCUGGCAGUUUGAGGCCGCUAUUGUCCUCCUGUUCCACGCCAAGACUUUCCGCCGUGGUUUCCAGGUCACGGUGCACGUGGGGAAUGUGAGGCAGACCGCCACUGUAGAGUGUCUCCUUGGAAAGGAGGAGCUGCGGACAGGAGAGAGAGCUGUAGUGUGUUUCAGAUUCUUAAAGCACCCUGAGUAUUUGCGUGUGGGAGCCAAGCUGCUCUUCAGAGAGGGGGUGACCAAAGGCAUUGGACACGUGACGCACCUCCUACCCUCCACCCAGAACCACGUGCCUGAUCAGAACCGCAACCAGAACCACAGUUAGACACAUUGGGAGUGACACCAUAAAUCAAAAGAGGACUUUUGACUGCAGCUGCAGUCACGUCCUGUCCUUGCCUUGAGUUUGCAUCCCCUAGUUCUAUUGUGCACCUUUCAUUUCCACUCUAUAGUUGUGCCUAUAUUAAUUGCAGAUUUGCCUGUGUGUAAAUGCUCUCGGCUCCUGUGACAUUUGGACGGUUUUGGUACAGUGAUUUACUGAUUAGAGUGUAUGUCUGCCAGGUGUAAUGGAGCUUGAAAACCUCUCCUAAUUUUGCACAAGUGCGUGUUUCACAUCUUAAGUUGAAACUGGCUGAC